AUGGCAUUCUCCCCGCCCCCGCCAACAACCUCCUCCCUCCCGAACCCCAGAAAGCGCCCUUCGAUAUCGAGCACCGUCUCCGCGGCCGCAGCCAAACGCGCCAAAUUACACCCUCUGCGCCAAACGUCCUUCCCUGCCGCACACCUCAACUCAUCCGCCAUCGACACCAGUCGCUCCGCCGUCUCCGCUAGAUCAGAGACAGGGAGUGCGUUCAGCGGUACUUCGUCGAGACUACCCGGUGGCGGCAGCAGUGUAAGAGGCCGAGGCCGCCCUAAGAAGGACAAAGGCCGUAUACCUUCGCGGGAGCCGGAGGGUACGGCCUCGCAGACCGGCGGAGCAGGCAGACCACGCCCAACCGGCCGCGGCCGAACCGCGAAAUCAGUAAUCAGCGCCCCCGCGGGUGAGGAUGGCGACGACGAACCCAAUGAGGAUGAAGACGAUUCAGACGAAGAAGGGUCCGACGAAGAAAACGCCCUCGCCCUGGCCGACGAGUUCGAAGCCGACAAACUCCUCCAACAACGAGAACGCCGCCUUGCAUCGACCCUCACAGGUGAUGCAGAGCAGCGCUAUGAAGCGUUCAGAGGGAUGAGGCUGGAGAAGAAGACCGUCAGGAGGAUCGUGAAUGCCGUGAUGAGCCAGAGCGCGAAUGAGAAGGUCGUGUUGAGUAUCGGGUUCACGGGGAAACUGUUCUUGGGUGGGAUCGUGGAGGGGGCGCGGGUCGUUCAACAGGAGUUCGCGCAGGCGUACGACGAGACCCGGGAAGUGGAGAAAGCGUGGAGGGUAGAGGAGUUGGCGCGCCUGAAGGCGGUCAUUGAGCGGGAGAAAGAGGAAGGCGCAGUACGCAUGGACGACAAGGACAGAGUGCUCGUUACCAGAGAUAUCGCGCGGCUAGAGAGGGAGGUGAAGGAGUAUAUCCCGAAUCCGCAUCGGGGAGGGUUACUGCCGGAUCAUUUGAGGGAGGCGUUGAGGCGGUAUAGGGCUACGGGAGAGGGCUUUUCGGCGGGGGAUCAGGGGAGUGCGCAUGCGCUGUUGGGCGUUCCGGGGGGUUGUGUGAGGAGGUUGGGUGGGAGGCGGUUGUUUCGGUAA